AGGAGCUGGAUGUAGAUCUAUGUAGUUCAGUCGUCAGUCUAACUACAGUUACAAGUACACUGUUAUGUAGUCAUAUCACUGUUUUUACUUGGUUGUUAUAUGAAGAUACAAUGACUAGGAAGAUUUCAUACUUUAGUAGUUACCUGCAGGUCUGCCUCUUCUUGCUUGGCUGUUGGCUAACCCAGGUUCUCUCUUUGGAGAACAUCUUCAUCUCCGGCUAUGACAACAGCACUAUCGCCCUAAGACGUGUAGAGAAUGAAGCUUGCAUCGAGACUGUCAACGUUCAGAACGACAACAGCUUCAUGGUGAACGUCAGCAUUUCAAACGAGACCUACUCUCGCUACUACACCGUCAACUCAAUGCAACAGAUGAGUUUUCAAGUCAGAGAUUUGAUUAUAAUCAACGUUUCACAUAGAUUUCAAUGGAUCUGA